AUGGUCGGGGGCGUGGCCGGUAUCCUGACGAUGCUCGUCACCGUGAACGAUGCCACCACCGUCAUCUGGGACACCGGGUUCGACUGGUUCUGGACAUCUCUGUUGCUCUUCUUCAUCUCGCCCGCGCUGUUCGGGAGCUACAUCUGCCGCGCGCUCCGCCUGGCCGUGGUUUUUCACCCAAGGGUGAAGCGUGCCCUGCCGUGGCUCGUCCCGGAGCGCAACUACAUGGUGGUGCUGCUGGUUUCCAGCGUGGGAAUGUUGGCAAUCCCCAUCUAUCACGAGCACACCUUGGGGGUUUGGGACGCAAUUUCGAAGCAGACCACUAUCCUGAAGAUUGAGGCCCGUGUGCUGGCGGUGGCGCUGGCUUGCAUUUACCCGUUCAUCAGGAACGUUGACGAUCUCUUCAGCAUCAGCACGGAGCUCAUCAUUGUCACUGCGACCAUUGGGCUCAUCACAACAACCAGGCGCAACUACGCCAAUCGGGUACUGCCUGACCACACGGAACCCCACAGCAUCGGAGGCAACAGACUUGAUGCUGUCCGGAGGGGGCAAACGGAGAGAGGUGACGACCGCGGCCGCGAUGGCGGUCGUCGAAGUCGCUCGCAUAAGCAGGACAUAGACUUGUGGGACUUCGAGCGGAUUGUGAGGACACCCCUGCUGGCCGUCGCGUUCGAGGACUAUUCCAAGAGGGCGCUUUGCCACGAGUCAUUCCUCUUUCUGAGCGAGGUUUCUCGGUAUCAGAACGGCGACUAUGCCACGACGAAAAGAGCAUCUUCGGGGUCAUCAUUUCCGACUCAGUUCGGCACGUUCUGCUACAUCACGGACACCUUCAUCAAGGCCGGCUCACACGAGGAAGUAAACAUUAGCGACAAGGAAAGAAAGCUUAUCCUCGCGUUGUACCACAAGGGCGAAGAGCUCUUCGAGGACGUCAACGUCGAGGAGAGAAGGAUGAUUUUCAGACGAGCGUAUCUGGCGGUGAAGCGUAUGCUGGAAGCCAAUCUCCUCCUCCGCUUUCUGAACACGGACCGCUUCAAGAGCUUGGAGAUGCAGAAGGAGAACACCCAGGUUAUGGUGGACUCCCCGCCCCAGGCGCGAGUAGUAGUUUCUUAG